CCGCAGCGAUGCUCCGAUUGUGUGACGGAAAUUCAUCGUUGUCUCGGUUACAAAAGAUCAUCACGAAAUCAGAGCCAAGUGACGGCGUUCGAACGAAAUUCGUCCCCCACCAUCCCCCUUGCCUCAACACCCAUCCGACCUCUCGACUGCACCGCCCCUCCCAGCUGAGCUGAGAGCUCCCCAUGACCACGACUGCGACCGCCUCGAGCUCUGCUUGUUGACAGUCCGAUCCUCUCAUUGUUCUCUUCCUUUCCUCACCUCAGAUCAGCUGAGUCCGCAGCUCAGCUAGAGAGGAGGAGGAGUGGCAAUUGCGACGAGCUCUGUCUUGGAGAAAAUGCUCGUUGAUUCUGGGGGAAUGGAGGAAGAGGAAGCAGGGGCGGAGCGACAGGAUUGAUGGUUGCUGAUUGCUGCUCGAAUUUCAGAGGAGUGCAGUUUGAUGAUUCCGUUUCAGUGGCGGAGUGAUGUACAUUGAAGGCGGGGGGUGAGGAGGAGCAGGAGCAGGAGGAGGUGGUUAGUCAGAUCGAGCUGAAGCCAUGGAUUUCGUUCGCGUGCAGGGACUGACUCUCCGACCUCCCAGCGAAACAGUCCGUGGAUGUUCUCGUAGACACCGGCAGCAAAUGCAGCUGAAGCUGGGCAGUGUCUAUCAGAGUGGUGGCAAUUCCGGCGUGUUCCAGAAGCUCAAGCCCGGGCUUGCAUUGCGCCCGGGCGGCAGGCGAUGCCGAGGCAAAGGCACGGGUGGUGUGAGAGCAUCCAUCCCGCCUGAUGCUGCCGUUGCUGCAUUCACCACAGCCGUCGCCGGUUGUUGGCUUUACAUGAACAAGCUCAAAUUGUCCUCGACUUCUCCCGAGAAUUCCGAGUCAGCUGCCACUGCCUCUGCCUCGCUGAAACCGAGAACGUCCGUGUCUGGGCCCGACAUUAGCUCAAUUCACAGUCAGAGGACCGAAGCAACAAGCGCAGAGGCUUCGGUGCUCCCAGACCACGUGCUGGAAAUCCAGGAGCAACAUGAACAUCGCUACAUGUCAGGAUUCCUUGCAUCGACUUCGGAGUCAACAAGCGAUGAUCAUGUACACAUUACAGAUCACUUAGAGGUGGUUCAAGAGUCAGAAGAAACAGAUGCACCUGUCGUGGAAAGUAGCCCCCAGCAGAGUCUCAUCACCAGUGUCGUUGAGGCAGAUUCUGGCGUAGUUAGCAGUCCUGCCGUGGAAAUUAACGGGACUUUUUCCAGCCUGAAAGGAGAAAUGGUGGACAGUCCUGCGGCGGUAUUGGAACUUCAGCUGGACUGCGAUGUGAAUAUUGUUGAAUCUCUGGAGGAAAGACUGAGUGUCGUGGACUCGAGUGAUUUAGCUUCGAGACUUAUUGAAUCAGGCGAUGAGAGCGUUGCAAGUGAAGAAGCUUCAGCGCCUGAGGAUGCUGUCACGGUAAUUGAGGAGGCCGACGCUCUGGCUUCAAUUGUCUCAGAAGUCAAUUCAGCGUCUACUCUUCAACCGGAGACUACAGUCUUGACGGAACAAAUACCUGAGGCUUCUCCUGGUAUUAGUUCAGUCAAGGACGUAGAACCGAGAGCUGCUCAGGGAAAUGGGAACUCUCGAAGAUUGCAUAUUGUACCGAAGGUGUCAUCUCCAGUCACUUCUGAUAAGUCCAAAGGUUCGAGUCUGAACCAGAAAGUGGCCAAUAAAACCACUGGCCGGAAGCUGCCAACGAGACUUUCGGACAUUCUCCCAAUUGAAGAGACUGCAGAUGCCGAGUUACACCUCAAAAUUUAUCGAGCUCUGAUCAGCUCUGGAAGGAUUCAAGAUAGUGUUCUCCUGCUGGAAGCUAUGGACAAAGUCAACAUCCUGGAUACCAGUAAGAUUCACCAAUCGAGGUUUUUCAAGACUUGUCAGUCGCAAAAGGCAGUGAAAGAAGCAUUUAGAUUCACGCGGCUUAUAAGUAGGCCGACACUCAAUACUUACAACAUGCUGAUCUCAGUCUGUCGUGAGGCACGAGAUGUGGAUGCUGGUUUACGGGCGCUCUCUGCAGCCGAGAAAUCGGGCUUCAAGCCGGACGCGAUCUUGUACACCACAUUAAUAUCAACGUGCGCCAAGGCAGCGAAAGUCGAUAUUGCCUUCAAGGUAUACCAUGACAUGGAAGCCGCUGGAGUUGUGCCAAAUAUUCAGACAUACGGUUCUUUGAUCGACGGAUGUGCUCGUGCUGGUCAAAUUGCCAAGGCUUUUGGUGUUUAUGGUAUCAUGCUUUCCAAGCAAGUGAAGCCAGAUAUUGCCAUAUUCAACACCCUCAUCAACGCGUGCGGUCGUGCUGGCGCUUUAGAACGAGCUUUCGAUGUACUGGCCGACAUGAAAGGAGAACCCUGCUUUCUGAAACCAAAUCACGUGACUUACGGUGCAUUGAUAAUGGCAUGCGCCAAAGCUGGCCAGGUAGAACGUGCUUUCGAGGUAUACAGAAGUAUGCGCAAAAGUGGUACUAAGGGCACCUUAGAGUGCUACACUGCUGCAGUACACGCCUGCAGUCAAACUGGAGAUUUGGAUCUCGCCCAUACUGUUCUUGAGGACAUGAAGGUUGAUGGAAUGCAGCCGGACGAGAUAUUCUUCAGCGCACUGGUAGACGUCGCUGGGCAGGCCACCGAUUUGGAGGGUGCCUUCAAAAUUCUGGACGAAAUGAAGGAAUUUGGAUUGACUCCGAAAUCCAUCACUUACAGUGCCGUCAUGGGGGUUUGCAGCAAUACUGGGAACUGGGAGCGAGCCUUGAACCUUUACCAUGAGAUCAAGGAAUCGGGGCUGGUGCCUACCGUUUCAACCUUCAAUGCUCUCAUCACUGCUCUGAGCAACGCAAAGCAAAUAAAUCCAGCUUUCUCCGUUCUGGAAGAGAUGAAAGGAGUUGGAGUAAUGCCCGACCAAAUUACUUACAGUAUUCUGCUAGCGGCAUGUGAAACGCUGGAUGAGCCGGACAUUGGUUUCCAACUCUACGCCAAGGCCAGGGGAGAGGGUCUCGUUCCCAAUCAGUCAAUCUGUGACAGUGUUAUUGGUAUGUGCUACGCAAGAAUACGACAAAGGUUACCUGCACCUGGAUACUUGGAAACCAGAGGCGUAUUGGCCGGAUCGAGCAUGGAAGAGCCCCACAAACAAUGGACAAGCUGGGCUCUAUCUGCGUAUAGACAGACUGUGGCCGCAGGAUACACACCGACGAUAAAGUCAGUGUCUCUACUUAUGGGUUGUUUACGUAAACACGAAACACCAGAAAGAAGAACUGCGUUGGAAGACAGUCUGUUUGCUCAUCAUGAAAUCCCGGAGAAUCAGCCUUUAUCUAUUCUCGACUCAGGAAGUCUUUAUGAUCCUAAAGCGCUCGCUAUUUUUGAGGAAGCCGCUACAAUGGGUAUCGUCCCACGCUUCAACUACACCGCUGGGCCCAUUACUUUGAGCGCAGAAACGUUGCCGAGCUAUGUCGCUGAGGUUUCUCUGAUCACGUUGCUGAAGGGAUUGAAGAAGAGGCAUUACGCCGGUGCCCAGCUGUAUCCCGUAACCAUCAAUCACUUCGUUGAAAUCAAGCGCACUCUUACCGCGACGAGGGAAGUCAAGGAACUCCAUAUAAGUGGCAGGAGUGGUCAAGCUAUGGCGGCACUUCUGAGGAGACUGAAGCUGCACUAUCAAGGACACGAGAGCUCUGGUAAACUUCGAAUCACGGUAGCAUCUAUAAAGAAAUGGCUGAAGCCGAUCAGUCAAUCAGAAGUAGCAGCAGAGACUCAGCAAAGUCAAAGACCAUCUUCCAUGAGCCCGCGCAAUGUUUUCGUUGCGAAGAGUAUUGCCGAGCAGCAACGCGCCAUCCGAACUGGCGGAGGACCGAAUUUUCCCAAUCGCGCAGGUAGGGAGAGUCAAGUGCUGGACAUUUACAGGAAACAAGUGUCGCAGGUUGGUGCUUGGGAUCUGAAGGAGGGUGAUCUCGAGACCGAACAGGAAAACUUUUCUCUUAACUCGACGACUUCAACUGGAAAGGUAUACGGAGCCAGAAGACUGCAAAGUGUUGUUGCUAGCGCCGUCAAGGACGUCCCAUCGAAGCCACGACCAUGAAGACGCCAUGCCACGCUAAGGUCUCUCACAGGUCUUAUCAAGAGGUCUAUGAUCACAGAUCCGCAGGGACAGUUAAAUUCAUCCGUUGACGUACAGUGAGCAAAUGUUCAAAGAUAGUGAAGGGGUCCAAGCAAUCUGGUUCUAAAUCUGCUCCGGCUUCAUUCAUGUCAUGACUGGUACGCGAAGUUUGCGCGUUUGCACUCGAAUGAUGGUCCUUUGAUCAGUCAGUAUCAGGAAGAGGAGGUGGAGGCAAGUACCGACAAAUCAUGGACAUCUUAUCGACCGCGAGCAAUGAGUGUCCAAGUGAAGGAAGCUCGGUCGUUUUCCCUUAGGUCCCCAUAGCCUGCUCGAGAGAGAGGGAGGGAGGGAGGGUGGGAAGGAGGGAUGGAGAACUGUGGCUCCAUAUUUUGGAGAAAGACAUUCUUCGUCUUGUGGAAUGUAGACUUCGUUGGACAGCCACACGACAUUCGAUCGUGACGGCUCGGAAAACUGGGAGCUCUUUGUAUCUGGCCACAUCCUCGUCCUCUGGUCGCACAGCCAUCGACAACAUUGUCCAGCAGCAUAGCCUUCUAAGUAGUGACGCCCUCCCUGCACCCCUAGACAAACGGUCUCUGCAAUGAUGAGAACUUGCGAGCUCCGAGGAUGCCAUGCCAUGCUAUUCUUUCCUCUGUACUGAUCUAAAAGUAAAUUGCCUUCAGAUAUG